AUGCCGAUUUUGCUGAAUAGCGUGUUUGGUUGGGUGGUAGCUGGAACGCAUUUUACCGAAAGCGAAGCUAACUUAACUGCUGCAACUCAUCAUGCUACCGUUAACAUUGAUGCGCUGUUUCGGUCAUUUAUGGAAGUCGAUGAUGUCAAACCUACACCAGAAAAGAUCAAUAUGGCAGAUCCAGCAGAGGCCCAUUUUGUUCGUACUCCCACGCGUCGUACUGACGGUACCUACGUAGUCAAAUAUCCCUUCAAGGAAAAGGCACCGGCAAUUUCAUCAACUCUUUCGCAAGCUGUCACCAGAUUACAAUAUAUGGAACGCCGUUUCAAACGUGACUCAUUUCUGAAGAGUCAAUACAUAAAUUUUAUGCGUGAGUAUUUGUCGCUUGGCCAUAUGGCCCGUAUUAUGCCGCAGGAAGUUGACUGCCAUCCAUCGGAGUGUUUUUAUCUGGCUCAUCACGCAGUUCUCAAACCAGACAGCUCAACCACGAAAUGCCGAGUCGUAUUUGAUGGAUCCUGCAAAGAUUCUGGUGGCUACUCACUUAACGAGCGUUUGCAUAUUGGCCCACACAUUCAGCGUGAUUUGUUUGGCGUGUGUAUUCGUUUUCGUCAGCAUCGUUACGUUUUCUCAGCUGACAUAGAGAAAAUGUUUCGCGGCAUUAUGGUAUCAGAUUCUGAUACUAAAUUCCAACGAAUCGUUUGGCGGGAGGAUGCGGGUUCACCAGUGGAGCAUUACCGACUACUCACGGUAACCUACGGCCUUGCUGCGUCGCCUUUUCUUGCUGUACGUGUUCUCAAGCAACUGGCAGAAGACCAUAAGGUAACCUACCCAUUUGCAGCGCGUGUAAUAUUGAAUGAUACGUAUGUCGAUGACAUAGCUACCGGAUGUAAUAACGUCGACGAGCUACUCCAGCUUAAAACUGAACUUAUCGAGCUACUAAAACGUGCAAAUUUUAAGUUACAAAAAUGGUGUUCGAAUUGCAAACCGUUGUUGGAAACCUUACCAAGAGAGCUGUGUGAGUAUAGCCCAAUCGACAUCGCUUCCGAGCCCAACAUUUUAUGUGUUAAAUUGCUUGGAAUACAGUGGAGCCCUGACACGGACGAGUUCCAGAUAGCAACUAAAUUGCCUGAGUCAUGCAGCGAGCCAACGAAGCGCAGUGUGUUAUCGACAACAGCCAAAAUCUUUGAUCCUCUUGGUCUGGUGUCACCGAGUGUCGUGCUCUUUAAAAUACUUUUACAAGAAACUUGGUGUCAAGGUGUCGACUGGGAUACUAAGCUGCCACCCACUUUGAGUGAUCACUGGAAGAAAAUACUAUCCGAGUUGCAUUAUCUCUCCAAUGUCAGGAUUCCACGUCAAAUAGCUCCAGCCGGCGUCUCAAUCGAAAUCCACGGCUUUGCAGAUGCCUCAUCGUCGGCAUACGCAGCUGCAGUUUAUA